AUGUCCUUAACGUGUGUGCGGGUGUUUCUCCCCUUCCCUUUCCCCUUCCGUGCUAACUCCGCCACCACCACCUUCUCUUUUCUCUUCUACCCACUCUGCGAUAGUCCGUCUCCUCUCAUGGUGGAGCGGGUGCCGCCCUGCACACCGCCCUCGCCGGAGCCUCAGCCAGCCCCCAGUGCUCUCCUUGAUACUGUCCCCGUGCCGGCCGAUCCUAAUCCCGGUCCCGAUCCCGAUCCCAAUCCCUCGCGUCGCCUUGGCACCUACGUCGUCCGAGUGCCCAAGGACCAAGUCUACCGCGUUCCUCCGCCCGAGAACGCCAAACUAGCGGAGCGGUACCGCAACCAAAACAGGAGCCGGCGGCGGGGGAGCCCCUGCCUUUCCUGCCUGAAAUGGAUCCUCGGUGUCGCCUUCCUCGUCUUAUUACUCAUCGUGGCUGUCACCGUCAUAUUCUUCGUCGUGGGAAGGCCUGGGGCUCCGACGUUCACAGUCCAGCGUCUCUUCGUCAAGAGCCCCCGCAGCACCACGGGAGCGCACCCGAAGCCGGAGUAUGAUCUCACGAUGAGCGUCAGGAAUCCAAGUCGCGGGAUGGGUUUCUCCUACGAGGCCGGAGGGAGGGCGGUCAUCACCCACGGCACCGUGGAAAUCGCGGCGGGAACGACGCCGGUGUUCGUCCAUUCGGCUGGUUCUUCGUGGCUCCAAUGCCUUGCUGCCGAAAGAGAUCGGCAGGAGCAUGAAGGGCUAGAAGAACGCCGUUGA